ACGGGGAACCGUCUUGAUUUGCUUAGAAGGAGGGUUGGGAGUGCGAACGGUGACGGCAUUCGGAGAUGCCUGCGCGGCGUUUGUUUGUGUCAGGCGCUGUGUCUGCACCGACGUUUUUCCACCCUGUUUGUCGUCAGCGUGUUUUACGAGCCCUCGGGAAGGUGGAGGGAUGUGUCCUUUCUUACAUUGCAUAAUGGGCCCGCGGUGAAACGUGGGCACCGAGGACUAGCUGAUGUGGGAAUAUGCGCGUAUGUUUGCAAUGAUUUGGUCAUUUCAGCGCAGCGUUGGGCAUUAGAUCCUUAUUGGUACCUCUGUAUCGUCCCAAAUAAGCAUGGUUUAAAAACGAUCCUACGGAAUUCAUUAUUAAGAAAGGAGAAUUCCUAGUGUUAGAUGCGGAUACGCGCGGGGGAGGGGGGACUCCUUAAAUGUUCGAGGUGUUAUUUUUAAGACCCGGACGAGCCAUUGUGACGUUUGUCUCCCCACUUUCCCAACUGGAAUGCGUUCCCUUCCAUCAGCUUUUUUCUCACCUUAUCGUCAUUGGUUUUUUUUUUUUUUUUUUUUUUCAGACACCACAAGACAGAUCAUUAAUAGAUUCCUGGAAAUGUUAGGUUAUGUAACUGCCGAAUUUGCUGGCUGUUGAGCAUAGAAAGAGAGCUAAUUACGUGAUUUUAUAAUUUGCCACAAAGAAAGUAGGGCAAUCUCAGCGUUUAAGAAUGUCACUAUCAACAGGGGUUUUGUUGGUUCUUUUUAAGGAUAUUUUAAGUCGGAAAGUGACAACCGACUAAGCUCUGACUUAGCCCAGGCUUGCCAAAUGUGUGUCUUUUGCCCUAAAUGAAAUGUACGUCUUUCUAAAUUUAGCCCUAUCACAUUUUAACAAUCGUGGCCUCAGUGCUAUUUCUGGUGUCUCCAGGGCUGUGUGCAAAUACAAGCAAGCUCAAGGCCAUUUGCUGUAGUUUUAACUCCAGCCUUCCAAGACCUCUGAUAAGACCGUAUUUUUAGGAAGGCAUUUCGCAGCGCCCAGUGACUGCUGAUCGCGGGGGCCCCAUUUAUCAUUUUAAAGGACACUUUGGAGGAACUGCUGCGCUCAGAGGCCACCAGGGAAUGGCCAAGAGUCAUCUUCUCUCUGGCUUUUGUAAAUAACAACAGCUAAUGAGAUAACCGACACGACCUCACUCCACUUCAGAAAGGCACGUGACAGAUUUAUCCUGGACUGGACCACAGAAGGAGUGUCGAUGGAAAGAACGCUGGGAAAGUGAUCCCCUCCCACGGGUCUGUAGGGUAAGGUCCUCUCUGAUGCAGCUGAGGAAAAUGCAGACCAUCAAAAAGGAGCCUGCCCCCCUGGACCCUGCCAGCAGCUCAGACAAGAUGAUGGUGCUGAACACUGCCUUAGCCGAGGUGGCCGAGGACCUGGCCUCGGGUGAAGAUCUGCUCCUGAACGAAGCGGGUGUGGGGAAGAGCAAGUCCUCCGCGUGUCGGAGGAAACGGGAGUUCAUCCCCGACGAGAAGAAGGAUGCCAUGUACUGGGAGAAGAGGAGGAAGAAUAACGAGGCCGCCAAACGGUCUCGGGAGAAGCGCAGGCUCAACGACCUGGUUUUGGAGAACAAGCUGAUCGCGCUGGGGGAAGAAAACGCCACUUUGAAAGCCGAGCUGCUGUCUCUCAAAUUAAAGUUCGGUUUAAUUAGCUCCACGGCGUAUGCCCAAGAAAUCCAGAAACUCAGUAAUUCCACAGCUGUGUACUUCCAGGACUACCAGACAUCCAAGGCUGCUGUGAGCUCGUUUGUGGAUGAGCACGAACCCACGAUGGUAGCGGGGAGCUGCAUCUCGGUCAUCAAACACUCUCCUCAGAGCUCUCUGUCCGAUGUGUCUGAGGUGUCCUCUGUGGAGCACACACAGGAAAGUCCCGCUCAGGGUGGCUGCCGGAGCCCUGAGAACAAGUUCCCUGUGAUCAAGCAGGAGCCGGUAGAGUUGGAGAGCUUUGCCAGGGAGUCCAGGGAGGAGCGGGGCGCCUAUUCCGCCUCCAUCUACCAGAGCUACAUGGGAAGCUCUUUCUCCACCUUCUCCCACUCCCCGCCCCUCCUGCAGGUCCAUGGGUCCACCAGCAACUCCCCAAGAACCUCAGAGGCCGACGAGGGUGUUGUGGGCAAGUCCUCUGAUGGGGAAGACGAGCAGCAGGUCCCCAAGGGCCCCAUCCACUCUCCGGUGGAGCUCCAGCGGGUGCACGCCACCGUGGUGAAGGUUCCGGAAGUAAACCCUUCUGCCUUGCCACACAAGCUCCGAAUUAAAGCCAAGGCCAUGCAGAUCAAAGUGGAGGCUUUGGACAGCGAGUUUGAAGGCAUGCAGAAACUCUCCUCACCUGCAGAUGUGAUGGCCAAAAGACAUUUUGACCUGGAGAAGCAUGGCACCCCGGGUAUGGUCCAUUCCUCCCUCACUCCUUUCUCGGUGCAGGUGACGAACAUUCAAGAUUGGUCCCUCAAAUCGGAACAUUGGCAUCACAAAGAACUGAAUGGCAAAACUCAGAGUAGCUUCAAAACAGGCGUGGUGGAAGUCAAAGACAGUGGCUAUAAGGUUUCCGAGGCUGAGAGUUUGUAUUUGAAGCAGGGGAUGGCAAACUUAUCUGCAGAGGUGGUCUCGCUCAAGAGAUUCAUAGCCACACAACCUAUCUCAGCCUCGGACUCCAGGUAAAUGACUACUGAGCGAGCUGUGCGUGGAGGAGGAUGCUGUUGGUACCAUGCCGAAUUUCCACUGGACCUCUGAUGUCGUUUCACUGUAGUGUGCACACGGUGUCUGUCUGGUGUCCUUGUGUGCACACGCUGAAGACUUGAUGCCCUCACUCUGCCUGGUGUAUAGUCAGAUAGCCCCCAUAGAGGCUGUACAUAUGGAACAUUAUUUUUGCUCUAUUAUAAAGUGUGUAUGUUGCCAGUGUCAAUAAAGGGUUGGUGACAGACACAGCACGGGCUCCGUUGCACUUGAUCGGAUGGGAAGAGAAAAGGCUACUGAAGUGUCUUGAGGUAGAGACCGGGGAGAUGGAGGUCUCAGUGGGGUCGGGUGCUCCCCAUAUAACCGAAAGGACCUGGUUUCGGUCCCCAGCAUGCAUAUAAAAGGCCAGGUACAGAAACACACAUACCCAUAACUCCAGAGAAGCAGGGAUACUUGGGGACACAACACACAGGAAGAUCCCUAGGUUUCACUUGCCAGAGAGCCUAGCCUAAUCGGCGAGCUCCAGGCUCAGUGAGAGGCCCUGAAUCAAAGCUCAGGUGGAGAGUGAUGGAGGAGGACUCCCGACAUCCACCUGGGACCCCUGACCUGACACACUCACAAACAUGCACACACGAAAGCUACCAAGGUACAAACAGGUAUUCUACCUUUCACUUGAUGUGGAGUGGCAGCUUCCCCAGGAUGAGAGAAAAACCGAAAUAUGAAUGUUUUGGUUUUCAAAAUUAUGGUGUGUUUAGAAACUUUCUAAGAAAAGGAACUGGGAAUAGAGUGGUCUGUACAGCCCAGGGAGGAGAGAAGAAUGGAGAGACAGUGAGUGUACCUGUGAUAGAGACUGGAUUACUGACUUAUUCCCCACUGGGUAGGUUUCUUUAGGAUGGAGUUUUCUCUAAUUUUCUUGAGUGGAAGGCUCCAAGCAGUUGGCCUUUCCUUGGUCACCUCCCUUUGUGCGGUGGCUGAGUCACUGACCCACUUUACUGCAUGAAAAACCAUUUUUAAAAGUGAAUAAAGACAGGAUGCUGGA